AUGGAAGCAAAGUGCAGCUUCUUGCUUUCGGUAUGCGUGCUCGCUACCUGCAUUGUAGCAGGGACAAGUAGCCCGAACACCACAGGCUUCCUUGCACAGCCCCAUAUGGUGAACCACUCGAACACCACUGGCCCCGUCCCACAGAACGUGAGUGAUGUCAAGAGCGUGCUUCUGGACCUUGCGAAGAAGAAUAUCACCUUACAGGACAUGCAGGACAUUCUGGCAAAGGUUGGCGCUGACUCCAAAACAAAGGACUGGGAUACCUGCACGAGUAGGCCAAUGCUUCUGGAAAGCAGCGACGAGGAAGAUGAGGAGGAGACCGAGGAAAUCCAGGUCUCGCCGUGGAACUCUGCUGAGCUGGCCUACCAGUGCGAAGUCCACGAGCAUGAAAGCCUUGCUUUCUGCUGCCGCCCGCGUGACAAGAUCUUGACUAUAACAGGAACCAGGGAGCAGAAAGAGCAAGCAUUGACUAGCAUUGUGGCCGACCUCUUGGAGUUUCAAGGAGUUCCCGAAGGUUCACCUGAUAUUUGCGUUCUUGUGAUGCCGUCGUGUGCAAUCGGUGCGGUGAUUGGCACUAAAGGGGCCAAAAUCAGUGAAAUCAUGGCCGAGUCUGGCACAGACAUUGACGUCGGCAGAGAAUGCAUCACUGGGAUGCCUGACAAUCCAGUUGUGUUGAAAGGGCAGCGCUCACAGAUUGUCAGAGCAGCAGUGCUCGCCAACGAUGUGUUGCAGGACUUGGCAGACAAGGGCCGUGUAAAUGCUGAUGACUUUCGGUACAUCCCGGGCCGAACACCGGCGCCGAGGCUUGGCAGUCGCGGAACAUUCUCUUCCUGCGCAGCCGCGCGGUUCCUGUUCGACAAAGACUUCGCAGGAUUCAUAAUCGGAAAGGGUGGUGAAAAGAUCACGAGAAUCCGAGAUCAGACUGGGGCGACACUACAAUUUCGAGGUUCUGCCGAGGAGGUGGCACUCUUCCUGGGUCCGGAUGACCGCAUCCUAGACAUUCGCGGAACUGCGACGCAGCGCAACCAGGCAGUUGAAUUCUGUUUCAAGGAAAUGGAGUCCGCCCCGCAGCCUAUCCAGGAGACACGUGUCUUCAUCCCUCUAGCUGUGCCAGAGGCGCCACUGGAAGAAACAGUGGCGAGAACUGGGGCAUCGUGCAGCCUGUCGCAGGACGUGCACAUCUGCAGCCCAGAGAGCUCGGAACGCGUCGUCCGGCUCGAGGGUGCGGCGUCCGAGCGGCUCGCCGCAACUCUGGGCCUGCUUGCGAAGGCGGAUGAGUAUGCAACGGCAAGUGCCGCAAGUGUGCCAUCGGCACGUCCCCCUGUGGCUGUGGCACCCCGUACGGACCGUCCCAAUGGCAUCGCUGCACCUUCAGUGGCAUCAGCAACAGUGGCACAAAGCAAGACGGAAGAUAGCAGUGAGCAGCGGAUAGAGCCAGAAACGGGCAAAGCAUAUACCUUUGCAGAGUUUCGGGUAGCUUUCGCCACCACGUAUUCCGAACAAGACAUCUGCGACUAUUGGCGAGAUGCCUGCACGCCAGUGAAGCGAGAGCGAGGCGAAGCUUCUGGGGGCCCUGGGCACGUGGACCACGUGGAACGCGUGGAGCCGGAGCCGGUGCAAGCGGCAAAGCUCUCAAACCACCAGCCCGAGCUCGAGGGGCCGGGGGAGGGGGAGGGGGAGCAUGCCAACCUAGCUUCCAAGGAGGUCAAGGAGCCCGACCUGAGGACCCAUCCGGAGCAGAAAGCUUCAACGGACCCAGCACCGUCUAGGGAUGUUCCGAGCUGCGCUGCUGUCUCCCUUCCGCAAUGGCGCGAGCACCUGGUGGAAACUCCGCGGUCAGAGCUGCAUGUCGUCUUGCCAACUGCCCUAGUGAAGGGCCCAUUGGUGCAGCAGGGGUUCCUGGCUGAGAUAGCCGUGGGCUGCCAUGUUCAGAUCGACGUUUGUGGCGAGAUCGCUUCGGGGCAGCUACACGUGAUCUUGUCGGGCACUGCCGCAGCCAACGCCAUGGCCGUGGUCGCCCUCCAGAUGCGUGCUUGGUUUGCUGGAGGCCUCUAA